GGCUCUCUUGGUUUUCCGAUCGUUCUCUCCGUCUCCGAUCGACUUCUACGGUCAAAGGGUAGUGGCAUUCCUCGCUGGGAGUUCCGGAAUCAACACCUCCAGACGGUUGUACCGGUUUCCGGAAACCCUAGCUUCGUCAGUUACCACUCUCUCCCGGUGGGCUAUCACUUUAGCCCUAGCGACGAAGAGCUCGUGGAAUUUUACCUGCCGAAGAAAGUUAGAGGGGAGGGUUUCCCGUACAAUGUGAUUCCCGAUUGCGAUCUCUACGGCGACAAGGCUCCGUGGGAGAUGUUUCCCCGGGAUGCCGGAACAGGAAGAGACAGGUUUUUCGUCUUCACCCAGCUGAAGUGGCUAAGUAAGAAAAGGGUUUCACGAAGUGCCCCAAUUUUUUAUGGGAAGAAUAAUAAAAUUGGUACAAGAAAACAGUUCGUUUUCAAGGUGAAGAAAGGCAAAGAAGGGAGUUCUUGUGGGGCAUUGGAUUAUGCAUGAGUAUUCACUGACUGGGAUUUAUUCUGAUUUUGUCAUGUGUGAAAUAGAAAAUAAGGAGAAGAAAAGGUUGAUAGUUGAUGAUGAAAGGGCAUCCUCGACUGGUAAAAGCUAACUGCGAGACCCCAUACUUUGAGGUGGUAAGAAAUGAAUUGUACUUUCUCUGGUGGAAAUCAUUGGAAUAGAUCCAUGCUUAUUUCUCGGUUAUCUGUCGCAAAAGAAACUGAGGUUUUAUUCGAGAAUGCAGCCAGCUUAUGAAGAGCAUGAGGAGCAUCACCCACAUUACCUUGCUUGACUUGGCAGAAAGGAUAACCUAAACAGGGAGAUUUGAAUGAAUCAUGAUCGGUUUGGAGUGUUCUGAUUGAGGCUCUGCUGCUUCAUAUUAUAACUGUGUUGAAUUCAUUAAAGUCCUAUGGUGCAAAUGCAAUUAUAUGCAACUUGGCUAGUUGCUCGAUAGCCACUUGCAGUUUGAUUCUUCUUCUGUUUUAUUUACCGAAUGGACUGAACUCUUCAUCUGACGCCCAUAUUAACCUAAUCUUGCAGGCAAUAAUAUAUUGGAUGAUUGAUUCUUCCCUCGUCACAGUAUAUGUCAGGGCCUAGCUGGGUUGUGUGCCUGGAGAGUGCUAUCUAGAGAGUUGAUUUAUGGCGAGAAAGGUGUAGGAGACUGUGGAGGCCUAUCUAGAGAGUUUUCCAGUGGCAGCAGCAGCAUUUCAGCACAAGCUGUGGUUUUGAUUAGUCUGAUUCUUUUCGGAGUUUUGAUUAGUCUAGUUUCAGGAGUACUGAUAGAAUUUUGUAUACUGGAGAACACAAAGGAUGAGUCACUGACUCAGUGUCAUUGUAGCUGCGAUUCGCUGCUCUAUGUUCUCAGCAUCCUGCUGGCUUUUUGGUAAUAGUUUUGGGAUGUUUUCUUUUUAUGCAGCCAUGUGAUGCAGGUUGCCUUUACAUUUCAUCUCCUGUACUGGAUUCCUGCUCACCGAUUUGGUGGCCUUUUCGUAUAUAAUUAUGAUAUAAUAAGCACAGUUUAGUGUCAAGGAAACUAAAA